GGAAAUCUGAAAUUUUUGAGAUGAGCCCUAUAAACCGGAAAGGAGGGAGUACUACAUAAUCUUUGGGGUGCUCUGUAGGUUACAUAGAUGAUGACACGCCAUUAAAUCCCACACUUAUGUUGAGUAGUAUUUACGCAAGGGCGUUGUACUGCAACAAGUUAGCAAACAAAAAACAGAGCACGUUAUACAUGAAAAUGCUGCACAGAUUACAAUGUCAGCUCGAAAUUAUUCUUGCGCUGCUUGCAAGGUUGAGAUAUCUACAGCUAGAUCAGGCGAGUUAUGAAUUUGCGACAUGACUACAUUUGCAGAUUGCUAGUUUCUGCUAUUCUUUUUUGUUUGUUUAUGCUUUGUUCAGAACCCCUUGAGCUCGUUAUAGUGAACACUUCGUUUUUUUUGUGACACAGACUAUUUAUAGUCCGUCAAUUCCUUUCAUGCUUGCGUUGCUGUCAAAGUAUUACCCAGAUGAUACAAUAUGUUCCGUAUUAUCUUCUUUCUGGAAGAGAAUGGCAAUUGAAGGGAUACAUUACUCUCAUUUAUGCGUUUGAAUUAAGAUGAUGAUAAGUAAUUUUAUGAAAAAGGGGGACUCUUUUAAAAUAUGGAAAUUUUGUUUUAUUGUAAAGUAUAACAACAGAAAAUGAUAUUUCAUGCCUACCUUCCAAAGUCUGAUGUAUUGUUGGUUUUGCAGAAAAGCAAAGAAAAAAACUCUGCAUCGUCCAGCUUAUCUUCCUUUUUUGUGCUUUUUUGAAUCUUUGCCUUACAAUAAGAAAGGGUGCAAAGUAAGAGGUCUCAUCAAAUCUUUCUAUCGUAUCUUUUGAUUGAAGUGUGCUUAAUAAUGAUAAACUAUGUUUAUGAUGAAUCCUGUAUCAGGUGUUAUUUCAGCAUGAUAUACUAGUGUUGUCAACCUCAUGAGAUGAGAGCUGUCACAUGAUUUAGUGUAUAUUAUAUUGAUAGAGAUACUAUUGCUAAAUGGAGCUGUAUGACAUGAUGCUCUACAUGUGCAAUGGUCUAUUGUCGGCAAAGUUACUUUGGUGCAGUGGCGAAUCUACAAAGAAAUUUUAUGGUGGGCUGGGCUGCCUGUGUCAUGUACUUACAAGUGGCUAGGUUGGGCCUUUACACUAGUAGUAAAAAAUAAUUUUGCAAAGCCUGUUGAAGCCCCCCUGGUAGAUUCGCCACUGCUUUGGUGUAUGCAUAAAUAAAAGCCCUUUCCUUCAAAACGUUCCACAUUAUGUCUCAAUUGGAGUAGGUUCUUCCUGUUUCAAACAGAAAUAGAUGUACCUGCAUGUAAAUCACUAGUGGUGUCCAGUACGCUAGUUUGCAGAAUCUUGGGCUUUGUUGUCUUGCUUUCCUCCUAAUAAGGAUACCAGAGUAGUAAAAAUUAUGUUGGCAACCUCUAGGAAAGAUGUGUAACGAUAGGCUUUUGUGUUGUUAUCUUAGAGUCAAAUUAUGAUUUUUGUGAACUAAGAAAAUUUGCUUAAUUAGUCAUGCAGAUAUAUCGACCUUUUUCAAGUUUCUGUAAUACAUGGACAAAAUAUAGUGUCCAAAUGGCUCAGAUGCAAAGAAUAUAGCUUUGAGUACACGACGUCCCAAAAUAUACGAUAGAUAUGCUUCCAUGUUGCUCAAAGUAUGACUGAAUUUAAGAUAUUAUAAGAUCAACCAGCUUCGAUCUUCUUAGAUGACUUUUUGGAAAUAUAUUAACUCAGAUAUGUAAUGAUCUCAUAUUUUUCUCUCCUUUCUGCUAUGUAUUUAUAGUUGUAAUUUUGUGGCUGAAUAGCAUGUUCUUUCAAAAUCAAAGUACAAAAGGAAAAAAUACGCAUGAAUUUAGAGUAGUAAUUCCAGUGGAAUUGAUGUGGAAAAGGUUGCAGAUACCAUGACAGCAACAAAAGGCCUCACGCCCACAGAUGCACCCAAGGAAGGUGUGGGGGCAGAACUGAAAUCAUUUCUCCAUAUCAUGCACGCCACUAGAUAGAGAAGUCUUAUCAGUCUUCAUCAAUGUGGUCUCAUUCUGGCAAAUCUUAUGACAUUUGAAGUGACUUGAUGAAUGUACAUAUGAAUAGUUAUGUACCUUAGAUGUCCCGUAUGAUUGAAUUUAGACGUAUUGCAAACUGUUUUACUAUUAAAUGCUAAUUCUUGGUAUAAUUACAUAUCUGUCUAAUCUGCUGUUCAUUUCUGUAAAUGCACACAUCGACUAAACAAUUAUUGCAUCUCCACUCAUGCUGUAGUGGUGUGACUAUUUUUUUGUAGGCGACCUACUUGAUGAAAAGUAGAAUUUGUGUGUGCACUGUGCAUUAUCGUAAUCGUCCCACUCAUUCUCGUUAUCUUGUCCAUUGACAGGCACUGCGUCACUGCCUCAGGGAAGGCUUGUUCUGCCUGUGAUCCUCUUGAUGUUUCUCUCAUGCACUGAGAAGUCAAUGAUUGUGGUUGUGAUCCUACUCUUCUUGAAAUCUUUGUAGGUUGCAAAGAAAUCAUGGCUACUGUUGGGAGUACACAAUUGUAGCAUUUUGCUGCGUACAAUGAAGGCAGAUGAAUCUACAAGCAAUGCUAUGGCCAGGUGCCCUUUGACUUUAUCUUGUCGAUUGGCUAAGCCCACUUGAAGGUUGGCAAGCCCGCGUUGUCAGGCUAUGUCAACGUGAUACGAAAUUCCUGAGUGGGCUACGUACGGGUCCUGGGUCCAUAGCAGCAAAUAUUGUGUCCAAUGGAUGCUUGAAACAACACAGAUUCUUGUGGGGCUCUAUCUAAUAGGCUGCAAUGUUCAAAGGUGGUAUCAUUCUUCCCAACCGAAAUCUUGGGAGAUGUCACUUUUGAAGGCAAUCAUAUAGUAGUGGGGCGCCGGACUUUGGAGGGACAAAGUCACAUCAGGUGCUGUCUUUGGGACUUGCAUUUUUAGCUUCUAAUCACCAUUCCUGGUAACUCCCUGCACAUCUUUGUUUCCCCCUUUUUUAAAAUUGGCAAAUUUUAACAUGCUCCCUCUUAGCCCCUGUUUUUACAUGUGAGGCAAGAAGGUAAGAGUUAAUCAAACCAUUAAUUAAUGAGAUAAAGAACUCAGAUUUAUUUUAUGCUCUUACCUCUCAUGUGAAAAGAGGGGGUAAGUGGCAGCAUGUUAAAACUGCUCUUUUAAAUUUAAAUAUGAUGAUUAGUUUCAUCUCUUUGCCUUUGUGUCCAUGCUCCCCAUUGUUGUAACCAAGAAAUGAUUAGCUUGGAGUCACCCAAAAAUACGUACUUACCAAUAAUCUUGACCCCAGUUCAUGGAACAAAGUGGUAGGACCUGUUGUUGCUCUGUAGUCAGUUGCAAGUUGAGCAUAGUGCCUGUAGAGGUGCUGAGAAAAGGCACAUCUCCUGGUGUACUGGGGCGUGGUUUUAAGGAUUCCGUUGGAAAAGUGGGAGAUUUCCCAACUUGCUCAUGUCUCCUUGAAUUGUCUUAACCCCCAUUGCUAUGCAGCUGUGAUUGCCAGCUUUUACUAUUAUCAUUACAUAUAUAGGAGUAUUUUCCAUUUGCACUGUGCACACAUAAUCGAUUGAGAUUCUUCUCCUCCUGCACUACACGAUCUUGUGCAUGACAUGGAGAAAUCUCGUUUGCAGAGAAAGAAAGCCACUGCCCUGUUCAUAACACGGAGAAAUCAUAUAUGCUUGCCAGCUUGCUUUUUCCGUUAUAGUUUCUGGCAAUGGAGGAUGACACUCGUUUACAACGUUUGGUCAUGCUGCACGCGUGACCGGUCUUGUCAGGGAUGAUGAUAGAGGUUUAACAGUGCGUCUGCAAGUAGCUAGGAAGAUGGCACCAGCUAGAUACUCCCUCUGUAAAAACGUCUUAUAUUUUUGUGCAGAGGGAGUAGAUUUGUGCUAUGGCUUCUCUUUAUGGUUGGAGUCAUGUAGAAUGGACUUUGGGCUGGCAUUCUGCAGUUUCUCUGCCUACUGUUUGAUUGAGCAUGUGGCUCAGAUGACUUGGUUAGUGCCAUCCAUCUGCAUUGUAAGAAUGCUUUUACCAUGGACGGCCUUCCUGUCAUCGGAAAUCUCGAGUUGAUGUCUCGAGUGAUAGAAUCCGAUUUGAGGCGAGAGUUGACUUGCUUGUCCGGCCGUAUAAAUACAUGGCCGCUGAUCGCUUGACCCCCAAAAUAACACACACGCCAAUCAUCACUCUCUCUUAAGCACACACGCGCGCACUACGCGAUGUAUCAUCAUCACUCCUCUUCUUCUUCUUUUUCUUCUUCCUGUACAUGUCAGGGAAGCAAUGGCUUCCUCCCCUCUCAACCGUCUGCGUCGAGCUACGGUGAUGUGUUGCAAGCAGGGCAGCACUGCUAUUACUACUCCCAGGAGCUUCAGCUGCAGCAGGGCCAGGCGCCGCCGUUCCGUCGUGUGCUGAGCACCGGAGACCUAGGGGCGCUGCCUCCAGUAGCAGCAGCAGCGGCUGGGAGGUACAGCACGGAGGAGCGGCGGGAACGCAUCGAAAAGUAUAGGAGCAAGCGCAACCAGCGCAACUUCCAAAAGAAAAUCACAUACGCUUGCCGGAAGACGCUCGCGGACAGCCGGCCGAGGGUGAAGGGCCGCUUCGCACGAAACGUCGACGACGAGGCAGUCGCAGAUCAGCCGGAGUUCACAGCUGCGGAGGUGUCUUCGAUGAUGAGCGAAGCCAACGCCGUUGUGGGUGCCGCGGACGCCGCCAGCAGCAGCAGCAGCAUGCCCGAGUGGUGGGCGGCAAUGCAAGGCGCGCUGGCCAUGGAGGACGAUGAGCUUUACAUCGACGUCUCCUCCAUCAACCUCUACUAGCUAUAAGCUUGCUAGAGGCGGACAGGAUCACCUCCAACUGUGCUGGUGGCACUUGUUUUCUGUCCCAUAUGCUGUUCCAUCAACUAAAACUACGACGCCAUAUUUCGUAAUGUUUAGAGGCGGACCGGAUAACUUUCUUCUUCUUCUUCUUCUAAUUAGUUGGAGUGUCCCAUGCAUCCUCUGCAACUAAAUGUAGUAGUACGUACUAAUGUUUACCGAAUGUUUUUUUUUCGUACUGUCUACUCUAUCGGCAAAGAAUAUACGUCAUCAGCUUAUUUUUA